GCUUGCCGCUGCCCCACAGCGCUCACAGUUGAGGCGACACCGAGGUCGUCAAUCCGAACCGGCGGUGGAGGGGGGAGUGUGAACGGACGGACGUGGUUAGUAAUAAUAUCGACGCUCGCGCGUACGCGCUGCGGAGGACGAGGGUUCGGCUGACAACAGCGAUCUCGCUCUGAUCAUCGGGCUGCUUUGGUGGUGGUGGUGGUGGUGAGCAACUCCCGACGACGCUCGGGUUUCAGUUCGGCGUCGUUUCGUCUUGAGAGGAAGGGGCGAGGAAGAAGCGAGGAAGAAGCAGAAGGCGGAGGAGGAGACGCGCGAGGUGGAACGGAAGAGCAAGAGGCGAGGUGCGACGCCUGCGAGUGAAACCAGAGCCACUGUGCCCCACGCGCCGAUAUAUAUAGAGAGGAGGAGAAGAAGACACACUCUCGUACUGUAUAGGGAGGGGGGUAUUCGAUAUCGGGCCGUGACGCUCGCUCCCUCGCUCUCGGAUAACCUCGGCGUCCUGCGACUCGAGCAAAGCAAGGACAGAGACCGACCGCACCGUGCACCAUGACUGACAUCCUCUCCCUGCCGGAUCUCCAUUUAGAGGGCUACCUGGAGAAGCAGAGGGAGAAACUGCAAAGCCGUUUAAAUUACCUCGUGUCUCGGCGUUUCCACUGGCGGCGCUACUGGUUCGUGCUGAGGAACAGCUCGUUGUGUUACUACCCCAGCAGAGACAGCCCCAUGCCCCGAGGGAGAGUGGACGUUCAUUCGGUGCAGUCGGUGCGGGAACUCAACACGCUGAACCGCGAGCACGUGUUUCAGGUGGUGCUCAGCUCUGGCAAGGUCAUCAUCUUGGCCGCCGCGUCGGGUGAGCAGCGCGCUGUCUGGAUCCAGUUCCUGUGGAAAUGCAUGCAGCUGCCAGGGCCUGGCCGCAGCGUGUCGGCGUGCGCCUGGUACGUACGCGGCAGCGGCGGUUCGUAGCGGCGGUGCGUGCGU